AUGUCGGGAGGUCAGAAGUUUACAAAAAUUGACCUGCGAGACGCCUACCAGCAGAUACCUCUGGAUGCAGAAAGCCGUGAAUAUGUGACCAUCAACACACACCAUGUGUCUCUUCCAGUAUACACGCUGAAAUUUGGCGUUUCUCCUGCACCUGCUAUCUUCCAGCGAGAGAUGGAAAAACCUGCUUCGUGGUGUGCCGGAACAGCUGUGUACUUUGAUGACAUUGUUAUUACAGGCAUCGACGACAAGGACCAUUUGGAGAAUCUGACGAUUGUCUUGCAGAAACUUCGGGAAGUGGGCCUCAGGUUGAAGCUGGAGAAGUGUGGUUCUUCGCUCCCGAAGUGGAAUACCUGGGCCACUUCAUAUGCAAGCAAGGUCUAA